AUGAGUAACUCCACGGAUCCCUCAGACUAUUGCACUUUGGACAUUUGCCCGAUUACAGAGGCGUAUGUCUACUAUGUCCCAUCGUUGGCUGGCAAUGCUUUCUAUCUGGCCUUGUUUGUCGUGCUACUAGCCGCUCAAGCGGUGCUCGUGGUCCGCUAUCGAACCUGGGGCUACUUUGCAGGUCUCUUUGGGGGCCUCGUCUUGGAAAUCAUCGGGUAUCUCGGACGGAUUCAGUUGCAUAACAAUCCUUUCCGCUUCGAUCCGUAUCUGGAGUACCUCAUCUGCCUGACCAUCGGGCCAGCCUUCCUCAGCGCCUCCAUCUACAUCUGCUUGGGACGCAUCGUGACUAUCUACGGCGAGAGUAUCUCUCGCCUCCGUCCGAAAAUAUACACGAUUGUCUUCGUUGGGUGUGACUUGGUCUCUCUCAUCUUACAAGCGGCGGGCGGUGCCAUCACCUCCAUCGCAGAUGCCGACCAGUACGAUCUCGCUCAGGAUGGUAUCAACAUCAUGAUUGCCGGACUCGCUAGCCAGGUCGCGUCUCUGGCUCUCUUUAUGGUCCUCUGCCUCGACUUCGCCUGGAAAGUGAUCAAGAACCCGCAGGACCUCAACCCCGACACCCGCAUGCGGGAGCUCCGACAGAGCCUCCGCUGGAAGGCCUUCCUGGCAGGUAAAGACUACCAUUCUCAGUCCACUGGAUUAAUUGCACGGAGAAUUGACUAUGUUCUUUUAGGUCUGGCUCUUGCUACUUUGACCAUCUUUGUGCGAUCUGUCUUCCGAGUGGCGGAGCUUAAUGAGGGAUUCCACAGUUCGCUAGCCAACAACCAGGUGCUCUUUAUGAUUCUGGAGGGAGCAAUGAUUGCCAUUGCUGUUAUCUGCAUGACCAUUCUCCAUCCAGGCUUUUGCUUUGACGGCCUUUGGGAUCAGACGAAAUGGUCAUUUCGUCGGUCGCGCGACUGCGAAAUGCAGUUGAUUGAGGUGAGCGCCGAACACGAAGCCAAGGCUUAG